AUGGUUGCCUCCAUCCGUGUAGUGGGAGGAUCUCUAAACCUGUCAAUCACCAAUACGCGAAACGCAAAAACGGUUUGUUCUGAGAAAGUAAGCAAAGUGUGUGUUGGUUUUCGCGGCGUGGUUGUAGAUUGCGCGUUUUCUCCCAACGGUCAACUUCUUGCAGUAACCUCAUCGCAAGGAAAUGUUUAUUUCUUAAUCUCCACACGCUUGGCCUUGACGAAAAGUCUAGACAGCGCGAAAAUUCUUGCUCCAUAUAAAGUUCCAGAUCUCGGUGAUAGCAAUCUGGAAGACUACGUUACACAGUCUGUCUGCAUCUUUGAUCCGCGCUUUCCCUUUCAAGAAUUUGCCACGUGCGUUAUUUACGCAGGUGUGGUUAAAACUUGGCGCAUGUCGAGUUUUGACAGAAGGGACAUCGAAAUCCAAGUUAGACACAACCUAAAGUUUAAAAAGAUGCUUAAUGUAGUCAGAUAUUCCCCGGAUGGAACCUUACUAGCAGUGGGAGCAAAUGACGGCAUUAUUUCUUGUGUGAAUACAGAGAAUGGACAAGUUAGUUUUGUCUUAGACCCAUCGCAACAGCCACCAGAAUUCCACAGCGAGGCAGGGGUCUUUCACAUGGCUUUUACCCAAAGCGGCGAGGAACUUGCUGGUAGCUAUAGCGAUGGGUACAUUCGAAUAUGGCAGCUACCAAUGAUCUUUAACCUAAAGUUCCUAUGCCGACAAGUGAUUAACACCCGAGUCCCACCAAGUAAAGUUGACAGACUUCCGUUGCCAACGCGCCUCAAGAAUUUUCUACUUCACAAACACUUUUGA